GACUUGGUUCAAUUCUAUAUCAUUUCCACACUAUUCUAGAUCGAGGCUAAAGGAUCUGUCUUGUUUUGAUUUCUUUCCCAUCUUGAAUAAAACCCAGUUCCUCUGUUUCUGUCUUUCUUCACCAACUGGGAUCUCUCUCUGUGUUUCUCUCAGGUCUUCAAUAGCUAAGCUGAAAGGCCCUUCUGGGUUUUGUUGUAUCAAAAGUAUCAAGUCAGAAAUCUGACCACAUUAGCAAAUGGCUACUCCCUUGGUUCAAUCGAAUAAGAGUAUGAAAAGGUUGGAAUCAAAAAAGGCUCAUUCCUGGUGGUGGGACAGUCACAUCAAUCCCAAAAACUCUAGAUGGCUUUCAGAGAAUCUCGAGGAGAUGGACCGGCACAUCAAGCGGAUGCUGAAGCUGGUUGAAGAAGAUGGGGAUUCAUUUGCAAAAAAGGCUGAAAUGUAUUAUCAAAAGAGGCCUGAAUUGAUUUCUCAUGUUGAAGAGUUUUAUCGCUUGUACCGGUCUCUAGCCGAACGUUAUGAUCAUGUGACAGGAGAGCUAAGGAAGAAUGUAACCUCAGAUCUGCAAUCCAUGAGCUCAUGCAUUUCUGAUGUUGGUUCAGAAACGCCAUCUUCAUGGUCCUCUCCUGAUCUCCAAUCCCAAAGGCUGAGUCUGAGUCGUCGUAAAUCUGGCCCUCGUGCUGCUGGCUUUGAUUUUUUCCUAGGCCCCGCUGGAAACAGCUCGGAUAAUUACCAGAAAGAAGGUGCAGAAUCACCUUCAUUAACGGACUCUGAGCUAGAAUCUGAUGGCGAUGAUUCUUCAGUCAACAAUUACUCUGGGGUGUUGUCAAACGGAGUUGAUCCUCAGCAGAGGAAGAUAAUUGAUUUGGAAAUCGAGCUUCGUGAACUGAAAGAGAAGCUCCAGCUGCAGCAGGAAGGAGAUGCAGGCACUGCCUUGAGGAGGUCUAAAACUGAGAAUUCCGAGGAAUUUUCUGCAAAGAUUGCAGAAUAUGCGCAAGAGCUGACGAUUGCAAAUGAAAAAUUACAGGGCUCAAAAGAACAGAUUUCCCGGUUGAACACUGAGCUCAAACGGUAUAAAUCAUUACCAAAUGGCAAUGCCUUUGAGGCUGGUUUUGAAUCAUCAGAACAUAAAGAGGUCAAGAGGCAUGAGGGUGAGCCAGACAUGGAGGUAAAUGAAGCAUCAGAGGUACCGAGAUUGGGAGAAGUUGAAGACCCCGAUAACAAGAUAGAGGCAUUGGUGGAAGAGCUGAGAAUCACAAAGAAUAGGCUUCACCAUUCACAGAAAGAGAUUGCAAGUUUGAGACAAGAACUUGAGAGUAAUAAAGCCUCUGAGAAAAUUCAUCAGUUACAGGGUCAGCUUGAAUCUGCUAACAGGGACAUUGCUACGUGGAGAACAAAGUUUAACUCAGAGAAAAGAGAGGUCACGAAGCUGCAGGAACGAAUCGCAAGGUUAAAAACUAGUUUAUCGGACCGGGAUCAUGAGGUCAUGGAUUUGAAAAUAGCCGUUUCUGAUGCCGAGGAGAAGAUAUUCCCAGAGAAGUCACAGGUAAAGGCCGAAAUAUCUAGACUGUAUUCAGAACGGACGCAACUGGAGGAGCAGAUUAGAGACUGGGAGUCUCGAGGACGUUCUUUGGAGGAUGAUAUCAGAUUGAUCAAGGCUGGGAAAGCAGAAAUGGAGGAGAAACUUACUAGCGAAAUUGAGCAGUUAAAGGCGGAAAUCCUUGAAACAAGCAAUCACGUUGGGAACUUAAAUACAGCCCUUGAGGCUAUGAAAGCAGAAGGAGAUGAGCUUAGUACAAAAGUUGUAACACUUGAAGCAGAAGUUAGUUGUAGAGAUGAUAAGAUAAAUGAGAUGGACACUCAGCUGCAACAGUUGCAGAAGGAGCAAAUGGAACUGGUUUCGGGGGCAGAAGAGGCAAGGAAAACGGUGGAGGAGAUGACAGCAAGAACAAAGGAACUUGAGGAGGAGAUUCAGAGGCAAAGAGUCAUGAUUUUGGAAGGAGCAGAAGAAAAGAGAGAAGCUAUAAGGCAGUUGUGCUUCUCGCUCGAACAUUAUAGGAACGGUUAUCACAGGCUUCGAAAGGCUUGCAUGGGACACAAGAGGUUUCCGGUUUUGGCGUCUUGAGAUGAGCAUAUGUGAUUUUGGUUUGGGUUGUCUGUAACUUUUUGGGUGUUUUUUCUUUUUCUUUUGUGUACUACUGGCCAUGCACUCAUGGUAGUAUUGAUGUGAGGUUUGUGUAGUAGAGAUAUAGAUGCAGGAGGGUUGUACCAAGGGGCCAUGGAGUCACCAGGUCAUCCUCAAGAGUGGUUGACAGGGAGUAAAUUUGUGUACUAAUUUUGUUGAGUUGUAUAUUUGGGGUUUGGCUUAGAGUG